AUGACAACGAGGGAGCUCCUGCUUCUGGUGUGUAAGAACACAAACGGCAGCUUCCACUGCAUGUGUGAGGAUGGCUUCAAAAGUUCAGGAAAGAAGAUCUUUUUUUUGGUUCCCCCCUUUCCUCCCAUUGAUUCCAUUCCCAUUUUAGACGUAUGUGAGAUUGAUACGACAAUCUGUGGAAAUGGAACCUGCCACCAGGGAAAAGAUGGACAUGUGUGUGCAUGCCACGCCGGAUCCAGCAACUACGGCAACAAGAGGUCCCGUUGUGUUGAAUUAAACUGUGAGGUGUUCACGAAUGCGUUGAAUCAACAAGAGAGUGAUCCAGAUGUAACUAGUGUCCUAAAGAUGUUGAAGGGCAGCUGUCUGAACCUAAGCGAGAGCGAAACUCCCACCAGCUUGGACGGAGAGGAAUUUCUUGAGAGGCUGUUGUCUAUGAUAGACAGGCUCCUGUCGGGCGGAACCGUCUUGGAUAACAAGCAGGUAUCCUUCAUCCUGAGUCUAGUGGAGAGCAGCCUGGGUCUGAUCGCUCCCUUCAUGAGCAAGAACAGAACGCAGGUCUCCAAAGCUCACGCAGAGCUGGAGAUGGUUCUGUUUAAAGGUCCUGGUUUCCCCCAGGGCCCUGUGACAUUGUCAACUAAACAUGCCAAGCUGCAGAUGCAAUGGGAAACAGCUGCUGGAAAAAACUCCACUUACCCAGGCUUUACAGCCCUGUCCUUGCUGAGCUACUCAACCUUGGAGAACUCCACCAAUCGGUCCUUUAGUGGGAUCAAUGAAACAAAAGAAAUCAGCCGUCAGAUGAAUUCUAAAGUGGUUACUGUUAAAGUUAGUAACCCAGACACUGCCGCCCUCCAAGUGCCGGUGACAUUAACCUUCAACCACCUGCAAAGAACAGACAAGGCCAACGACUCGAUCUGUGUUUACUGGGACUCGGAGGCCGACGGUGGGUCCUGGUCGACUGAUGGCUGCGACACCCUCCACUCAGGUGCUAACUACACGCUGUGCUCCUGCAAGCACCUCAGCAGUUUCGCUGUCCUCAUGGCCCUUCACGACAUAGAGGACCCGUAUGAGAUGAAGGUGUUCACCUGGGUGGGUCUGACGCUAUCACUGGUUUGCCUCUUCGUCUGCAUCCUGACUUUCGCCCUGAUCCGCUCCAUCCAGAGCCCCAGGAACAGCAUUCACCUCCACCUGUGCCUCAGUCUCUUUGUCGCUAACCUGGUCUUUCUUUGCGGCAUCACUCGCACAGAGAACCAGACCGGCUGUGCUGUUGUGGCAGGGCUGCUGCAUUACUUCUACCUGGCGGCCUUCUGCUGGAUGUGUCUGGAAGGCAUUCAGCUCUUCAGGAUGGUGGUCCUGGUCUUCAACACCAGCUUCCAGACGGUCCGCAUGAUGGCUGUGGGCUACGGAGUACCGGCGGUGAUAGUCGCCAUCUCCGCACUGGUCAAUUCCGGCGGAUACGGCACAGAGAAAAAUUGCUGGUUGAACUUGGAAGGUCCGUUCAGGUGGAGUUUCUUCGGUCCUGUCUGCUUCAUCAUCACAGUGAACAUUUUCUUCUUCUUCGUCACCGUGUGCAAGCUGGCACAGAAGUUCUCAAGUUUAAACCCUGACUUAGACAACUUACACAAGAUCAAAGCUUUCACUAUCACCGCUGUGGCCCAGCUGUGUGUACUUGGCAUCACGUGGAUCUUUGGCUGUUUCCAGUUUGGGAACGGCCCGUCAGCCAUGUCUUACGUGUUCACCAUCCUCAACAGUCUGCAAGGCGUUCUGCUCUUUGUAAUGCACUGCCUGCUCUACAAACCGGUAAGAGAGGAGUAUGGAAAGAUAUUCUCCAGAUUCUUUGCAUCACAGAAGUACUCAGAGUUCACUUCCUCUCAGUCAAGCAAAGCACAGAAUUCCAAGAGUCCCCAGAACACUCAGGAGUCUGGCAUUUGAAGUGCUGUCGGAAGGCUGAAGCUUGUAGAGUGGAGCUUUGUAUGUCUUUGGACCCCCUCCAACGUCUUCGGGGAGUACUUCCUGUUCUUAUUCUCUAUAUAUUUGUUGGAAAAAUAUUGGAAAAAGUUGCCUUCCUAGUAGCUGGUUGGUUGCACUGCAGUAUCGAAAACCCUGCUGUUCAAUUUAGCAUAUCCAGAUAUACUUUACUUUCCCCCCUCCCCUCUCACUCUCCCACUUCCAGAUCAGGUUUCAAAUGUGUCUCUUUUUGUGAGUGUUUGUCCAUAGGCACACACAAAUGUAAUGGAGGAAUAAUGGCUAUUGAGUCAAUGAAUGAAACAUAAAUUUGAUGGAUGUUCCAAAUGGUGUACUUUCAUUACUCCAUGAACGUAAAUACGAAUUCUCAGGAAUUCUUAGUUUGACCUUUAACCUCUGUAAUGACAAUCUUACAAAGAGAAUGAAUGUUUAGUUUUUUGUGUAGCAAUCUAUGGUUAAUUUUGUUUGUUGUGUAUAUAAUUGUUACGCUGUAUAUAAAACGCUCUCACUUCCUUGAUUGAAAGUGGAAAAUAGGAUAGAGAUAUGUUUAAAAUGUACAUUUGUGUUUAUAAUGUUAUUUUGUGUAAGGCGUUUAGGCUUUAAUAAUGUAUGUAUGUAGUGCCAAAAUGGAGCGAUAGGAUUGUUGAUCAAGCUCUAUCUUCACUGUGAAGAGAUUCUUUAAUAAGGAACCAAAAGACGACGAGUUCUUGGUAUACACUGAGGAGUACCUUAAUAAUUGAAUCAUUAAGAUAUACAUUUUAGCCCUCUUGAUGUCAGAUGAUGUUUAAAUGCUGUUUGUGGUAGCCUUGAAGCUCUGUCGCCGAAGACUCUUAAAUACGACUUGUUUGCUGCACAUUUUGUCCUUCAAUAUGCGAAGGACGUUGACUUGUGCAAUAAAACACAAAUCAUAGCUCUGCUUUCCUCA